AUGUCUGUAAAAACAGCCGACAGUGACCAUGUGCCAUUUUCAUGGCUGGAUGAUAGCCCGGUUUUCAAGGAGUGGAUGAACCACGAAGGAUGUAAAAUCAUGCACAUCCAUGGCUCGUCCAAUGUCUCAGUCGCCGCGUCUUAUGCCUACCAACAAGCCCGAAUACACGCGUCGACUGGAGGUUUUACAAGCGGUCUAACACUGUAUUUCAGAUUCGACCGCCACGAUUGUCAAAGAAACACCAUCAAGUCAAUGGCGACCUUAUUCCUCGCUCAGACUAUUGCCCGGUUCGGCACCCUUCCAGCCUCCGCUCAGUUUCCAAGCUUUGAACCACCGCUGUUUGACAAGGCCCUUACGGAAAAAGAUGUCUUCUUUUUGCUCAACAGCUUUCGACUGGAUUGCAACAGGCCAGCAAGAACGACAUGGGUGCUGGACAGACUCGAUGAGUGCGAACCAGCUUCGUGCAACUGGUUUCUUAACGAGUUGGCCUCAAUCGCAGCGCGAUGCGAGUUGUACUUCAAGGUCUUGAUUACUACUGCCAGUCCUAAGCAUGUCCAAACUCAACUUGCUGCCGCCGGCUGCGAAAGCUUGUCCUUGGAUAUCGCCUCCUCGCAGGUGGGCCCCGGAAUCAAAAUACCGCCGGUCCCAGCCAGUCGCCACUGUCCAGCGCUCGAGCCGUAUGCACCUCAACUCGGCGAUCUGCUUGGAGCGUGCCAGCCUGACCAGGAUCUUUUCAGAAUGGUUGUGGACUGGCUUAAUUUGCAAGCUUCUCGGUGGAAUACAAGAGCGGAAAUAGCCGAAGUGGUGACGGCAUUGUCUCCCCCAUCACCGCGGGUGCUGUUGGGAGCGGUAAUGCAGGCUGUACCCACACUUUUACGGCCGAUUGCUCGCGACAUUCUUUGCUGGGUUCGGAACGCGGUCCGGCCUCUGACACCACUUGAAUUAGCAUCGGCCCUCGAGUUUCAAGGAGCUGACUUGGGAUGUCUUAAUAUCGAGUUGUACAUCCCCAAGAUCUUCGGACCACUUCUCACGACUCGCCACGGUGAAGUUCACUUCACACAGCCAUGGGUUCGGGAGCUUUUGUCAAAUUUGGAAAAGACGACCCAUUGGUAUGCGGCGGCCUCGACAGCAGAUGAUCACAAAGAAAUUGCCAAGGCGUGUCUUCGCUUUUUGCGUCUUCCUGAGACGAUCAAGGCAUUGUCUCAGAGGUGUGGUGGGGCAAAGGCCUCGGGAGUCUUGCUCACUAGCCGACACGACAUUGUCUCCUAUGCUGUCACGUUCUGGCCAACACACUACCGCUUGGGAUACCUGGCAGCAGACUCAUCGGCUUCGGCACCCCAAGACCUCAUUUCAUUCCUUGGAGAUCCGAAAGCUUUGAGAGCGUGGUUCAGUGCUCAUGGGUGCCUGUUGCCGCCGCACCACCAACCCCAUAGCUCAUAUCUUUCCGCCUUACCUAUAGUCUCGCAUUUAGGACUGGAAACACAGGUCGAGAACAUGCUUCCCAUACAUGCCGACCUUCCAACCAGCCUUCAGGAACUAGAGGACGCUUUAUGUGAGGCUUCCAGAAUGGGUCACAAAAACAUUGUGGAUUUGCUGCUCAGCAGACCAUGGACAUUGACGUUGCACGGUGUGGUUGGGGCAAUGGAGGCCGCAGCCCUCGCAGCUGAGUAUGAGCUAGUAGAAGUGUUGUUCGCGUACGCCAAGAACAAACACAAGGACCAGGCGACAUCGCAUAUGUACCCUCAUUCCAUCCUUGCUCGACUAGCUUGGGCAGGGAAGGGGAAGCUUCUGGAGUCACUGAUGCAAGGUCGCCCAUCCGGAGACCCAACAAGUCCAACAGUACCAGCCUCCAAGCUUUUGUGUGCUGUGGCAACCGGUCAGCUCGGCACCAUUAAGACUCUUCUCCAACAUGGCGAAGACGCGAACUUUCAAGAUGACACCCGGCUUUCACGCACACCUUUGCAUAUGGCAUGCCGAUCCGGAUAUGGGGACGCAGUCAGGGCUCUCGUUGCAGAUAGCGCCGCGGAUAUUGAGGGUCACAACGGACAGGGCCAGACAGCACUGCAGAAGGCCAUCAAUCUUGGAAACAUUGACGCCACGAAAGCUCUCUUGGACGGUGGCGCAGACAUCGCCAGCGUCGAGGCUGAGAUACCGCGGACCGAUGGCUCUUUUCCGUAUCCUGCUUUCUAUAUGGCUGCUUGCGAGUCUAGCUUCCAGUGCAUUACGGCGGUGCUGGAACGGGGUGUCAAUGCAGAUGCCACCACAGAUGAGUACACCCCUCUCUGCUAUGCAGCCGUCACCGGAAAGCUGGCUUGGGCAAAGCUUCUCCUGGCUCACGGAGCUCGAGUGAAUGGAUUAGGAAAAUGGGUCCCGCUGUGUCAGGCCACCGCGAAAAACACUGGAAAGAAUAUGGAUAUGGUCAAACUUCUGCUUGAGCACGGCGCCGAUAUGAACGCUUCGGGUCCAGCUGACGUUGCUACUCCAUUGGAGCGGGCUUCGGAGGCAAACUUGUUGGAAGUCGUCGAGUUCCUCAUGGCCAAGGGGGCCGACAUUGGGCUUCACGGGGCUGGAAGUACAGCUCUGUCCCGUGCUGCCUCGAAGGGUCAUACAAAAAUGGUCCGUUAUCUUUUGAAAGCGGGAUCCAACCCCAAUGAGGCCCAUCCAGAAGCAACAUCAUGGAAGGCAUUGCACUGGGCGCAUGGUCAUCCCGAGUGUCUAGAGGUGCUUCUAGAUAGCGGUGCCGAUAUCGACGCCAUGUCGAAAGACGGCACCGCAGUAUACAUUGCGUCGUACAACAACCACCUGGAGUCUGUCAAGCUCCUCAUCUCACGUGGAGCCAACCUCGAAUUGACAUGCGAGUUUCCAGACUUAUGGGACUCGAACUGUACAGCUCUUCUUGGGGCCGCUGGAAAAGGCAACGCUGAAAUUGUGCGGGCUCUUCUAGAUGCUGGUGCCGACAUCACAGCCAGGUCGACAAGGGACGAGACAGCUCUGCACCUCGCGAUUAGCCAUGGAAACAGCGAGGCCACAGUUAGGGUCCUUCUCGAGUAUACUCCUGAUUUGAAUGCCCAAGAGUCCUUCUUUCAACACACCGCUCUUCAUCGACUGAUGUUGGAGGCAACCACGCAUCUCAGUAUAGCGAAAAUUCUAGUCACGCGAGGGACGAGCCUUGAAAUACGAAACAAGGGAGGAUAUACUGUUCUCGAUUAUGCCAUUUACUGGCGUGAGUAUGAAGUUGCCAAAUACCUCGUCAGGGCAAAGGCCAAAAUCAACACCGUCGGCAGUACUUGGGGAGGACCGCUCCACAUUGCUUGCUGGCGAAUGAACCUUGAUAUGAUCAGGUUUCUUAUGGCGAAUGGUGCAGAUGCUAACCUGAUUGAUAACUCCCGUGGUGUACCGUUGCUCGUAGCCAUGACUGAAUAUCAAGAGGGAGAGGAUGUGACGCUUGAGAUGAAAACAGCUGUCGUCCGUUAUUUGAUUGAGGAGGCAAAGGCGGACGUGACGGUUCGGGGAGGGAUGUAUUUCAUCACGGUUCUCAACGGAGCAUGCAUGCAACCGGAUGCAGACCUGUUGCAAUAUAUCCUGGACCAGGACCCUGUGGAUUCCGACAUGAAUACAGCAGGCUUCAACGGCUGCCGGCCCAUCCACUUUGCAACAUAUCAGAGUUUGGAGCAUGUUUCAAAAGUGUUGGCCAGAGGGGCUGAUAUCAAUGCCUGUGACAAGCUCGGACGAACCACCCUCCACACAGCGGUCGCCAGUGGCAGACCAGAUGUUGUCGAAAAAAUCUUAUCACUGACCGGGAGCCGGUAUAUCAACGAAAUCGAUCGAGAUGGAUGGACACCGCUGAUGUGGGCGGUGAGGCAGUGUUCACACUGGGGUGUGAAGUCGGAUAAUCAAGAAGAGAUUGUCCGAUUAUUGCUUGAUCACGGCGCCAGCCUGUGGAUAACUGGCAGGACAUGCAAUGAAGAGGGAUGGUCAGCGCUGAAGUUGGCCCGCUACUAUGGAGCCUCCCAAGAGGUGAUUUUACUGCUUACCCCAAAGCAGAGACACUAUCUCGAUGACAAAGGAGAACCCCAAGUGUGGGACCCGCAGGCACAUCGUUCCCGCAGGGCAAAAAGACAAAAUGGCUUCUGCGACUUGUGUCUAUAUGUAAGUUCAUCAGGUUCGAAUCCUAUUUCUCCCAACCUCCAGAGCUAA